AUGCCGUUCCACCCGGUGACCGCGGCGUUGAUGUACCGGGGCAUCUACACCGUGCCCAACAUCCUGUCCGAACAGCGGCCCGUGGAGAUCCCGGAGGACGAGCUGGAGGAAAUCCGUGAGGCCUUCAAAGUGUUUGACAGAGAUGGUAAUGGGUUCAUCUCCAAGCAGGAACUGGGCACCGCCAUGCGCUCCCUGGGUUACAUGCCCAACGAGGUGGAACUGGAGGUCAUCAUUCAGCGGCUGGACAUGGACGGUGAUGGCCAAGUGGACUUUGAAGAGUUCGUGACGUUACUGGGGCCCAAGCUGUCCACCUCGGGGAUUCCUGAAAAGUUUCACGGGACUGACUUUGACACGGUAUUUUGGAAG